AUGAAGUUCGAGCUGGUCUCUAUAGGCGUUGUCUCUUUGGUGGUGUCGCUUGUUGCGUGCACCGAGCUGGUAGCGCUAGCUGAACAGCGGGUCAUGUCAAGAAGUACAUUGUCGAGUGAAGACAGUGUCGAAGCCGGAUCCCACGCUACUCGGUCGUCUCAUUCGAAAACACAAGAAAUCUCCGACUCAUACUUCCCCUGGACGCACAAACCCGUCUGCACAGAACACCUCGACGGCAUAGGGGACCAACUAUGUGUCUAUACCAACGCGACGUUCAGCAACGGACGAGGGAUAUCCAUUUUCACGACACCUAGAAUCGCACAGGAGUUUGCCGCUCUCCCGCCGUUCCAGGACCCAGAAUCACUGUCCUCCCGGGGCAUCAACCCUGAACCCGAUGUCCCAACCCAGCCGUGGUAUACUGCCCUGAUCCGCGGCAAGGGCAUGGGCAUGUUGGCGGCCCGGCCCCUGCAGCGCGGCGAUUUGAUCACCGCCUAUACACCUUACCUGCUGGCGCACAUGGAGAAUGCCCUCUCGACACACGACCGGGAGUACUAUCUCCGGUUGGCCGUCGACCAGCUGCCCCCAGCGAGCCGAAACAUCUAUCUCGGCCUCGCGAAGAUCUACAACGAUCCCAGCGUCGUGGCCCAGGACGUGGUCAAGGCGAACGCGUUCGAGAUCCAGAUCGGAGGACUCAUGCACUUGGCUGUGUUCCCGGAGUCGUCGAGGUUCAAUCACGCGUGCGCGCCAAACGCCCAAUACUUCCUCUCCAGCGACUUGCUCACGCACUACGUCCACGCCGUGCGGCCUGUCGAGGAAGACGAAGAGCUGACCAUCUCGUACGCGCCGCCUCUCCGGCUCCGCGCCGACCGGCAGCAGUAUUUCGAAAACACCUUCCAGUUCACUUGUACUUGUCCGCGCUGUUCCCCGGAGAGUUACAGCGGGCACAAGCACCACCACCACAAGCACCGCACGGUCGAGGACAGCGACAGGGCCACCCAGGAUAUCAUCGCCCUGCAGUGGGCGCUGGCGCAGUGGACGGCCAACUCGACGGCCAGCGUCAAAAAGGCCGAAAUGCUCGUCAGGCUGUACAAGGAAGAAGGGCUCGACGCGUUUCUAGACGACGCGUACGGGCAUGCCGCCUUGAUGUAUAAUAGUGUGGGCAGUGCGAGGGGGGCGAAGAAAUAUGCCAAGCUGGCCGCCGAGGCGAGUUGGUUGAAGUAUGGGUUUGAGAGCGUGGGCCAGGACAAGGUCAGGGAGUGGGAAGGCAUCGCGAGGGAUCCGACGCGGCAUGGGAGUUGGCGGAGCAGGAGGAAGACGGAACUGUGA